CAUAUAUUGAAGAAAAUAAGAAGUAGUACUCCAAUUUUUGAAGAUAAAGACAACAAUUUUAAAUGUAAGUGUUCAAGUGUGUCAAUAUUUUUAAGUUUCGUGUGUAAAUACGUGCCCCAUAAAUAGUAAUAUAUUCGUGUAUAUUUUAACCGCCGUGCGUUGGCCGCAUGGCCCGCAUUCCACAAUAUAUUGUUAUUACUCCGUAUUAAAAAUACAUUAAAACUUUGUGAUAUUGCCUUGUAUUUACAGAUUAUAUCUUCAAGCAAAUAAAUAAUGCCAUAAUAUGAUCUAAGCAAGUCGAAAUCAUGGUAUAUACAGGCUACAAAAAGGUAUGAAAUAUACAGUAGACAGAACAAAGGUAGGAUGGUUAGACCCCGUUCACACGAUACCGGCAUGGAAUUCUGCCGGCAGAAAAUCAUCACGGUUUCAACUGUUCACACUAUACCGGCAGAUUAUAUUCCGCUUUGACAAUAUGCUGUACAAAUCAGUUAAAAUAGACAGAAUAAAAUAUCCAACAACAACUUUUGCAGUUUUGUUAAUAAUUUCAUUUUGCAACCGUACUGAAAUUCUUACGGUUGGGCGUUCACAUGGCACUCUGACGGUAGAAUUUCGUUCCGUUUUCAAACUCUGCCGGUAUGGUGUGAACGGGGUCUCAUACAAAGCUAUAGAACGUGCUUUGGCGAUUGUAUCAAUAUUAGCUAAGUGUGUCAAUAUUGAUACCCUCUCGAUACAUUGAUAACAAUAUAAAUAUUAUAUUGUUAAAUUGAUGUAUUGAGAAGGUAUCAAUACAGUAUAUUGACUCAUUUAGCUAAUAUUGAUUUAAGUUCUGUGGCCUUCUAGCUUUGUAUUAGAGGAGAAAUAUCCUUCCUUUGACUUUGUGUUUAUAUCUCUAUUGUGUUAUCACAGUAAAUAGCUAUAUUUGUAUUUAAUAUCCAGACAAUCCCUGAGACCCUGAAUGUUGCUGAAUACAUUAGGAUAAAUUUUUUGAGUUUCUCAUAGUUUAUAUGCCUCUAUCAGAAAUCCCAGGCUCACAUAUUAUGCAUGAAGAAACUGUUUAACAAUAUACAGGCCAGUUAAAUGAGCUGAAAUUGCAUCACAAUAAUUUGUAUUAGCAGUUUGAGCUCGGUCUGAGUUUAGUCAGAGCUACAGUAUAUUUAUAGUAAACCCAGGAGUUGUCUCGAAGACCGUUGAAACCAGAGUGAACUGAGAUAAAAUUUGGCUAGCUUUUGCUGAUAACUGAAGAAUGUCGGCUUAGCAAAAUGGGAUUAUAUUGGCAAUUUGGCAUUGACGCUUAGCAAGGCGGUUGUUUUCUUUGCUUAUCAUUUCCGUUUAGGUUAUACAUAGUUUUCGGUAUGGAUGUUGCCUCUUAUUAAUCCUAAUUUAUUUAAAAAAAAAAAAUAACACCUAACGUUAACACCUUUGUCUCCUUUUCCAACAACAACCGGACCCGACUCUGUCAAAAUCUCUCCCUCACCCUUAAAGUUCCCCUCUGUAAAUCCAACACAUUCAAAGCAUCCUAUUUCAACCGACUAGUUAAAAUAUGGAACUAUACCUGUAAAAUUCUACCUCCUACCACCUUUGCCACCCUCUCCUCAUUUAAAAGAAACAUUAGAAGCACAUAUAAACACUUGCUUGGGACAAUGUUUGACAUAGAAAUGCCAUGUACAUGGUCAUUAGUGCGUGAUUGUCCAUGUCAUAGAACAUAGUAAAUAACGUUUCAUGUAAUAACGUUUCAUGUAGUAAAUAACGUUUCAGUAAUAAUCUUUCAUGUUUGUGCUGUUUUGUAUUGUAUUUUGUGAUCUAAUUUAAUGUGUUGUAAAAUUUUAGAAUGGUAAGCACCUUGCAUGGGACUUUAUGUCUCGUUCGUGCUUGAUAUUGUCCAUUUGGGUAUUCUACUUAUGUCUGUAUAGAACUGCUGUCUUUAAAACGCAGAAUUCUCAAUGAAAUUGCUAAAUAUAAAAUAAAUCGCUCCUAGAGUGUCAUGAAAUAGGAGAAUAAUAAUUUAUUAUGAGAAUAAGUGUGUUACACUUCUUUGAAGCAGAUAAGAUGCUAAUUAGUCAACUAUUUGACUUUUGUGAGACUGGUUAAAUGUAUAUUAUAUUUAACCCGUUGAGUGGUGAUGCACCCUACUUUAGUAUUUUACUCUGUCUAACACCAGACGAUUUUAUUCAUCAAGGGGAGAGCGCUGGCGCUUAAUGGGUUAACUGGCCUAUCUGCCAAUGUGUCUAGUUAACCCAUUGAGUGGCGAUGCACCCUACUUUAGUAUUUUACUCUGUCUAACACCAGACGAUUUUACUUGUCAAGGGGAUAGCGCUGGCGCUUAAUGGGUUAAAGAUGAAACAAAGACUCAAAAUAAAGCCAAAUAAACAGUUGGUUUUUUAGCCCGGGUUGGAAUUAUUUGCGAUUACAUGCUGCCAGGUUGAAAUGUCAGCCUGGGCAGCUCAAACUUGGCUGAAUAAUCAUGUAAGCACCUGUCAUUAAAUAUUGCUAUAUAUAUUAAGAGAUCCUCUGAAAAUGUUUCAUGGCACCAAUAAUAUGGGAUUCUUACAAAAUGAACAUGUGCUUGGACAAAUGUUUGAAAUGAAAUAUGUCUACAGGCCUACGUAUUUCAUACAUACUACAUAUUUCAUACCCGGACCAGGCAUUAAGAUAAUCUUCUCCAGUAUAUUGGCAAAUACCGGAUUUUUCAUUUCAACUUUGUGAGCAAGGCUUUUGUAAAUACCGUGUUUAGAGUGAAGUUCUUUCCUAUGAUUUCAAGUAUCUUUUCAAAUCAAAGUAUUAUAAACGCCCUCAUUUUAUAACCAAUUAAAAUAAUUAUUUAUCUUAAAUGAAAGUUUAAAUCUUUUAUCAACAGUAUCAGUUAUUUGGCCAGAUAUCGUCCAACAUAUCUGACACAAAAUCAAACCGAAUAGCUGCAAAACGUUCUAUGUUGUGCAGCCGUAGAAAUGACAAGGUGCACAAUUGUGACCAAUUGUUUUAUCCAGCGACCAGGUAUUUCUCAAAGACAAAGGUAGCUCUUGUUGUGACUGAGAAGAAAAUUUAAAAAAUAUUAGUGUAUAUAAAAAUAAUGAGUCAGGCCAUGAGUUAAUAAAAAUAAUGAGUCAGGCCAUUUAAGGUUUUUGGGUAAUGGUAGGAUUAUCUACUAAUUAACUUGGACUGCAGAAUAAUCCCAAUUUUUAUUUUGUAGCCAAUUAUUCACCACCGAAAAUUACAAAUUGGCACAGCAAGGCAUGUUCAAGGGAAAAUCUGGCAUUGUGUACACAGACCCUGAUACAUACAGCAAGAACUGGUUUAGGAUAAUGUCGUAGCAGAAAACUAUAUUUGAUUCGUUUAUUGUUCAUGUAUUGUUUAUAUUGUUGUUGAUAUUAAUAAAGUGUAUGUUCAUACACUCUGCUACUACAGCUGGAUCCACCACUGAUCCUGUGGAUAUUGGGAUACUGAUUUACAGUGUAACACUAAUGCUAGAUUUAACUGAAAAUAAUUUUAUAGUUAUGUUGAAUAUAUUUGAAAUGUUCCAUUUGAGCAAAUUUCAGACCCUGAUUAUAGAACUUAACUGCUGUAUCUAUGUGUAUUUUAACCCACUAAGCGCCAGCGCUCUCCCCUUGACAAGUAAAAUCGUCCGGCAUUAGACAGAGUAAAAUACUAAAGUAGGCUGCAUCAGGGUGCAUUGCCACUCAAUGGGUUAACUAGACACAUGGGCAGAUAGGCCAGUUAACCCACUAAGCACCAGCGCUCUCCCCUUGACGAGUAAAAUUGUCUGGCGUUAGACAGAGUAGAAUACUAAAGUAGGCUGCAUCAGGGUGCAUCGCCACUCAAUGGGUUAAUCUGAAUAGAAAUUUAUUCAAUGUUUGAUCUUUUUGUAAUAUCAGGAUGCUCAACCCCGCAUCUAUUGGCCAGCGGACCUCUGGAAGAGAUAAGUUCUGUUUCAUUGAUUGCAGAGGGAAUGGUUGUAAAAAAUUCUGAUACAAUAUGUGCAAUUUUACCAACGCAGUGGCAUGUUUUCUUGCAGGGUACUACUGUCCGUUUUAACAUGCAGUACCCAGAAGGGGCCAACAGGUCAUAGUAAAAACAUUUACAUAUUUUAGUAAUUUAGAACAUGUUCUUUGGGGUAACAAUUGCCAUACUUUACCAAUUGAUGUGGAGAACUUCCUAAGCUAAAUGUAAAUGAACACAUUAAAUAGAACAGUUUACUGUAUGCUAAUGGAAUUUACUGUAUGAUAAUAAUGAUAUUGUAUCACUAAUUUAAUGCAUGUAUUGUACAUGCAGGAUAUAUUGUCUCCAGGAGAUUGUUGCAAUUGUUGCACCUUGGAUUUUUAUCAAAGUACUGAAAUUGUUUAAUAUUUACUAAUUACUAAUUUGAUUUUGACUCAAAUUUUGAUUUUAAUCUAUUUGAUUUUAACCUAUUUGCUUUUAACCUAUUUUUUUUAGGUUAGAUCAACCGCAUGUAACCUAUUUUAAAGGGCUGGUUUAGACUCAUGGCCUUUACCAUUCAUUAUUUAUAGAAGUAAAAACAAGCUAUAUUGAUUUGGCAAAAAUAACCUAUAUCUCUGAGCAAAUUUAACUAUUUAAAUUUAGGUUGUUUUAACCUAAAAAUAAAUGUUAUAAUAACAUAUUUUAAAUAAGUACAAUUAACUAUAUUACAGGUUAAAAUAACCCACUAGAAAUGGUUUGUUUUAACCUAUUUAAUUAAGUUAUUUCCACGUAUUUAAAUAACCUAUUUUUAACCGGUUGUCCUAGACCAACUCAAAUAACCUAUUUUUUUUGGUUAUUUAUAACAUUGACUACCUUUUUAUACAACCCAGCCCAGAAUCAUGAUCAGGGUAAAUUUCAACCCGAACUAUUUUGUUUUCAACUGUGCCUACUUAAUUCUAGUUGUAAUAAAUUGAUUUAGAUCUUGUAGAAAAACCCUGUAAAGAAGCUAUGAUAUAAAGUAAAACUUAAAUAAUGGCUGAUCUCGGAUGUGUCAAGCAGAAUUGUAUUGAGUGAGUAUAAAAAUUCGAAAUGUCUGUACUAGCGUAUAGGUAUAGUGACAUUAAUAACAGAUAUCUCACAGCACACUCCCCAUCAGGGCUUUUCAGUGACUGGUUACAUUAUGAAUAGAUAGAUAAAACCGGACUGCAUGACGUGAAGCAGACCGAGGUAGACUUUGCGCUUACAAAUGGCGCUUGAGCAGCCGCUAUUAGUCCAUACUUCAUUAAUGAUCUGCCCCAGAUUUGUCCUUUAUUUAUAGAGUCUCAAUCUGCAACUACUUUUAAUUGUAGCGCGAGAUUUAUUAAGUAGCGGAUAAAGAUCAACGAAAAACAACAAAGCAAUCUUCCCGACAGCUUGCUUAUACACUUUAUUUUCCCCAUAAAUCUCAUCUGGAUCAACACCCAUUUUAGUUUCCAAAGUUUUGAGCAGAUAUAAAUGCGGACUAAAAUCUUAGCAAAGAAAGAAAAUAUUCAGUACAUACCUUCCAUAUAUUCUGAUGUCAACCGAACCACUGUAUAAGAGUCAACAACCGAACUGAAUUGCAAAGUCUAUGGUAUAUCGGCCACUCGCACAAACGUCUACGACCGCACCUACAUAGUUUUGCAUGUUUACAAUUCUAAUUUCGAACAGCCAAUCAGGUUCUUGGUUCCAAUCAGGUAAUUUAACAUCUACGACGCGGCCGGCUCAACGACGCGCUUGCGAAGGAAAGAAAUCUGUCAUGCAAGACAAAAACUGUGAAUAAAUUUGUCGUGGUUUGAGGGGUAUUCUCAACGGCUUUGUCAUGCACAGUAAUGAAAUUGCUUAGCAUUCAUUUUUUAGCUGAAAUUCAGACCGCGUCGUUGAGCCGUCUGCGUCGUAGAUCUUUAAGGCUGAUUUCCACUGUUGCGUUUUUCAUACGUAUUUAGUGGAUAUUCUGCCUCCGUUGGUUAGAAUUGUAGUCCACCAAAGAUCACAACAAAGUUUUAUAAAUUAAUUAUAUUCUCUCAAUCACAGUAUAUUACAUCACCCACGUCUCGGUCUUGCUAUAUGUCCCGUCUCUCUCUAUUCUAUAUUAUCAGUUUUGUCUCAGUUCUCUCUCACCUAGUGACAGCCGUCACUCAUCUAACUAUAUGAUUAAAGAUCGUCUAAUUAACUAAAUAACUAAUAUUAACUAUGAGAUAAUAAAACUUGACCUGUCUCCAACACACUCCCCCCAUGAACUUGGGAGAAGUUCAUGUUCUCUAUAAAACCCAAUCAUGCAUUUAAAACAGAUAUCGGAAUUACUAGACAACAAGACUAUGGAUGGAUAUUUUCGCCCCACAGGUUUGAAUGAACACGUUAUGAUUUUUUUCCGUGUUGGUGUUAUGUACUCAGGUGAUUAUGAUGUUUGUGAUGUUACUUUGAGUGUAUAUCCACACCGGGCAAGCUGGAAAAAUAUGCCUGGUCACGGUGGGAAUCGAACCUACGACCUUUGGAAUACUAGCCAAAUGCUCUGCCAACUGAUAUACGCGGUCAGGUCGGUUCGAGUAUGUGAUAUUUCGGAACUGAGUCUAGUUCCUUCGAUAUCAAUGCAAUAGGAACUAGACUCAGUUCCGAAAUAUUACAUACUCGAACCGACCUGACUGCGUAGCCCAGUAGGUUCGAUUCCCACCGUGGCCAGGCAUAUUUUCAAGUUUGCCCGGUGUGGAUAUACACUCAGAGUUAAGGCUCAUUUCCACUCAGGAACAUUUUCCGCAGAAAGAAAAAUUUGUAAAAUGUGAUUGGUCGACACAAAUUCCCAGUUGGAAAAAAAAUCUUGAAGUUGAAAAUUUUCUCCUUUUAACAACGAUAUUUUUGGAAAGUUUUCUGUCCAUGGAAAUUUUUCUUGAGUGGAAAUGAGCCUUAACAUCACGAACAGAACAUGUUAUAUUCACUUUUUUCCCAUAUUCCUCUCAGCGUCUCCACACCGGGCAAGCUGGAAUGUUUGCUUGCCCUCGGUGGGAAUCGAACCCCAUGGCUAGCAAGGAGUAGCAAACUGGUUGUUUUCUUCCAUAGGGCCAAAGGCAGACUCUACUACAAAACAUGUUCUGAUCAUGGACGAGGUUGAUGGAAUGGCUGGUAAUGAAGACAGAGGCGGGAUGCAAGAACUUAUUAACUUGAUUAAAUCCACCAAGAUCCCGAUCGUAUGCAUGUGCAAUGAUAGAAACAGUCAGAAAGUCAGGAGUCUUGCCAACUACUGUUUUGAUCUGCGUUUCUAUAGACCCAAAAUUGACCAAAUGAAGGUAUGAUGCUGCAACGUUAUGUAUACUGGAUGGCUCUAUCAGUUCUAAACUGUUCUCCCUAGAGGUUCAGUAAGGAUCAUCUCUUAUUGAUCCAGUGUUACUACAGGAGGAAACCUAAACUAAACUAACUUUAUUUAUACUGGAUAGCUCUAUCAGUUCUAAACUGUUCUCCUUAUAGAGGUCCAGUAAGGAUCAUCUCUUAUUGAUCCAGUGUUACUACAGGAGGAAACCUAAACUAAACUAACUUUAUUUAUACUGGAUAGCUCUAUCAGUUCUAAACUGUUCUUCUUAUAGAGGUCCAGUAAGGAUCAUCUCUUAUUGAUCCAGUGUUACUACAGGAGGAUAGCUCUAUCUGUUCGCGAAAAGCAAAUGCACCAAGCAUUGUGCCAAAAUAAUAAGAGGUUUUGAAUUGGAAUUGUUUUGUAGGGAGCCAUGAUGAGUAUCGCAUGCAAAGAACGUUUGACAAUCUCACCGCAAGCAAUGGAGAAAAUAGUUGUCGGCGCCAAUCAAGACGUUAGACAGGUAAGUAGGCUAGUUCUGAACUGUUCUUCCUAGAGGUCCAGUUAGGAUCAUCUCUUAUAUCCAGUGUUACUACAGGAGGAAACCUAAGCUAAACUAACUUUAUUUAUACUGGAUAACUUUAUCAGUAUGUAUCUGUAAUUAUUCAGGUACUGCAUAAUCUCUCAAUGUGGACUUCAAAGAGGAAAUCAAUGUCAUACGAUGAGGCAAAAGCUGAUGCAGACAGGGCACAUAAAGAUAUAAAAAUAGGACCGUUCGAUGUGACGCGUAAGAUCUUCAGUGCGGAAGAAAGUUCGAAAAUGAAAAUUCAAGAUCAAUUUUCAUUAUUCUUCAAUGAUUACUCAAUAAUCCCGUUGUUCUCGCAAGAAAACUACUUGCACGUUGUGCCUUAUAGUGCAAGGUAAGCCAGAUUUUUCUUUUUUAUAGUUAAGAUGGAUUUCCACUCACAGAGAAUUAUGUGGUCCUCGAAAUAUUUUGCUGGAUUUCUUUUCGAUUCUGACCAUCCGAAUACAUUUCCGAAUACAUCAAUUCUACUUCACCGCUCACAAUUCAAAAGAAAUUGAGCGAAAUAUUUCGACAGCAAAAUUUUUCUUGUAAGUUGGGAAUCCGGCUUAACUAACCAAGUCCAUUGCUCUGCAAUCUCUAAUCUUGAAGAAUUGCGGUUGCCACAAAAUAUUUUAAUAAAACACAUAACAAUAGACACUCCAAAAAUUGUAAACAUUUUCUUUCUUUACGUCAGUUUUGACUAGAAGUCAACAUGAAUUAUAGUCAAAACGAAAAGAAAAUACAUUUAAAUAAAUUUACAAUUUUUUGAGUGCCUAUUGUUUUGUGGUUUGUUAAAAUCUUGAUCUACACGCAAUAUUUAGAGGCGAGAUGAAGAAAACUCUCAAGUGUGUCAGUGAGGCUGCUGAGUCUUUCUGUAAUUCUGAUCUGGUUGAGAAAUCUAUAAGGAGUAAUGGCAGUUGGAAUUUAUUACCAUUGCAGGUACUCGGCAGAGCUUAUUUCUAGUUUAUUAUUUCUUUUUACUUGGUGGGUUACAGCAGACGUUUACAGCUAUUUCAAUUAAGGUUGUCCCCCGAGCAAAGCGGAAAAGUCGAGUACGAGCGCGAAAGCCUGCUGGGAAUCGCUAAUAAAUUAAUGAUUACUUGGGAAACGCAACCAAAGUCGGAAAAUAAUUUCGACACUUCUUGAAGCAAGAACAUUAAAGGCACUCUUGAAUGAUACACUAAUUUUUUCAAUUAAAAGGGCUGAAAUGCGCUUUAAAAACCAUCAAUCAAAAUGCCGAACUGUGUCUUUAAACCAGAACUUCCUAUUGUAUUUAAGAGCCCGCACAGACGAACAUGUUUUUCCUUUGUUGCUCGUGCGCACGGCAUAUUGUUAGACAUUUAUUUCACGUCAUGGCGCCUUUUGUUUGCCAAAACCAUGGGAAUAUUUUUGGUAUUAUUUUUAGGCAUUUUUCUCAUGCGUGUAUCCUGGCACAGUAAUGCGAGGGCGAAUGAGUCAGAGAAUUGACUUUCCUUGCUGGCUUGGCAAAAAUUCCACAACCACAAAGAAUUCAAGAAUUUUGCAAGAACUUGUGAGCCAUGCACAACUCAGGUAUGAUUCUGAUUGGCGGAAGCGAAGAACCCAAACCACAGAAUAAAGACACGCAGAAAGCGUAAACGCCGCCACGCCAUGAUUCGUCAUCAAAAUGCUGACGCCAUGGUCCUAGCCACAUGGAGAUUAUAAAUGACACUGAUAAUAAUAAUAGCAACUUUGAAACAAAUGAUAGCGAUAUUAAUUUUAUUUUAUUACAACGACAUUUCGAUGCUUCUCGAAACGAAGAGGCCACACUUUAUAUUUUGCUUACUGUAUAUAUUUUGUAGUAUUUCAGGUUGUAAGAAUGAAUUGAACUUGGAUUAUAUUCCACAUUUAAGAAAUGUUCUCAGUAAACCAUUGAUGAAUGCUGUAAGUGUGCACAAUCUUAUUUCUAAACUGUUCCUCUUUGUACAUCAGGGAUGGAUCCAGCGUGAUCUGGUAGGGGGGGGGGGGGUUCUCGGCCAGCUCUGGUACCCAUCAACUUGCUUCACCACUGCAAAAUCUUGCUUGACUACUGUAUUUGAAUUGUAAUUGUUGUUCACAGUUCGCUUAUCAUCAUGUUAUUACUCAAAUUACUGUAUCUCAUUUUGUCAUUAAUAAUUUUUUACUUUAUCAUGAAAAAUAGCACCUCUGGCCUCUGGCCUCUGGUGCUCCCCGUACCCCCCAGUAAAUCCAUUCCUGUUGUACAUGAUCUAGAGUAGGGGUGCACCGGAACUCGGUUCCGGCCGGUUAGUUCCGGCCGGAACCCCGAUUUUUUAGAGUUCCGGUUCCGGCCGGAACUAGUAAAAAAAACAUGGCCGGAACCGGAACUCUGUCGUUUUCAGGGAGAUAGAAUAUCAAACGUUUUUGUGUCUAACAAAAGGUCACAGUAGGAAGAAAGUUGGACUACGCAAGGGAAAUGUACACUAUUAACACUUCAUUAUGACGUUUAACGUUUGUCAGUCUUUUUAUUCUGACAUUUGCGAACUCUCUACUUGAUGAUUUGAAGUGUCUGCUUGUCUGGCAGCGGACAAAGUAACAUAUGACUAUAUAUGGCUUAAUAAAUUAGUUCCGGUUCCGGCCGGAACUUUUUUCCAGUUCCGGUUGGAUCCGGUUCCGGCCGGAACUUAAAAAACCGGUUCCGGUGCAUCCCUAAUCUAGAGCAAGCCUCCAAGAGUCAAACUGGAGGGGCAUUCUUGCCGCAUGUCACCCAUAUUUGCGCUCUAUCGUUUGCUUCUGUUUUCUCUCUUCAAGACCACCGAGGAUUGUUCGUCAAAAGUUUCUGAAGUGAUUGAGGUGGUGGACAGCUAUAAUUUUGUAAAAGAAGAUUGGCAGAGUAUUAUGGAUGUUGGCCAUUUUGAUGGAAAACGCAAACUUCAGGGAGACAUUGAUUCCAAAGUGGGUGGAACUAACUCUAUUUUUGUUGGAUAGCUCUAUCAGUCCUAAACUGUUCUCCCUAGAGGUCCAGUAAGGAUCAUCUCUUAUUGAUCCAGUGUUACUACAGGAGGAAACGUAAACUAAACUAACUUCAUUUAUACUGGAUAGCUCUAUCAGUUCUAAAAUGUUCUCCCUAGAGGUCCAGUAAGGAUCAUCUCUUAUUGAUCUAGUGUUACUACAGGAGGAAACCUAAACUAACUUUAUUUAUACUGGAUAGCUCUAUCAGUUCUAAACUGUUCUCCCUAGAGGUCCAGUAAGGAUCAUCUCUUAUUGAUCUAGUGUUACUACAGGAGGAAACCUAAACUAAACUAACUUUAUUUAUACUGGAUAGCUCUAUCAGUUCUAAAAUGUUCUCCCUAGAGGUCCAGUAAGGAUCAUCUCUUAUUGAUCCAGUGUUACUACAGCAAGAAUACCAUAUUGUAUUUCAGGUAAAGGCAGCCUUCACUCGUACAUACAACAAAGGAUCACAUGUCACGCCGUACGCCUCAAAUGUCGGGGCAAAAAAGAAGCCUAAAGCGACCGCGCCUGAUGUGAAAACCGAGGGACUGGGUACUGGUAAAGCACCAGAAGUUAGUGAUGACGACAGUGAUGGCGAUAUCGGAGAGAACUUCAAAGUGAAAAAAGGCGGGAAAACUGGGGCGAAGAAAUCAGGCAAAGCUCGUGCAACAUCUGACACGAAACAGGCCCGGGGCAAGGAAACGGGCAAAGGUAGGGGCAAGAGUAAGAAAUAAAAAUAUAUUUAGUAAUUGAAGUUUAUUUGAUGAUGAAUUUAGUAGUCCAGUAAUAGCCAGGUUUCACUAAGCAUUAUCGUGGAUGGUGGUCAACCUGCAGUUAUCAUAGCCUGCGAACAGGCUCUCUUUGAACUCUCUUUGAAAUUCAGUGAGCCUGUUCGCAGGCUGCAGUUAUCAGAGUAUGAAAUUCGACUUGGCGUAGUUUGAUUCCAGUUCAUUCAAACGAUCUUUCAUCGUCAAGAAAACAUUUUCGUAAGACGAAUCUGAAACCAUAUUUCUUUAUUUUGUUCACAUGAUAAUACUGGAUACCUAGUAUAUUGAUGCAGUCCUUGGACUAGAUCAAAAUUAAUUCACCUCACUUUAAGUAGUGAUGAUGUCAUUUCAAAUCCUCCAUUUCGGACUGGACUAGAUUUCAAUUCCUUCAUUUUGAUCCAGUCCUCGACUUCGCCUUGGGCGUGAUCAAAUUGCGUGCACUUGAAAUCUAGUCCAGUCCGAAUUGGUGAAUUUGAAAUAUUGCUUCAUGGCUGGGCUGGCCCGGUUUAUCUGAACAUCCCUAAGUAUCGGUCUUCCUCAAGUUGACUACCAUCUGUCGUCCUGCAUGUAAAGCCUGUUUUCCACUUCAAUCGUAACGUACCGUAGCAUUUUCUUUUGUGUCAAAGUCAGCAGUUCCACUCUACCGCUCAGGAAACAAAGAAAUACGUUACGUUUCGGUACGAUUGAAGUGGAAAACUGGCUUAAAGUGCCUAUAUCAGGGUUUUGGAGUUUGCAUAUCUCGAAAAAGACACUUUGCAAUAUAUUUUGUUGCUGAAAAAUUUCAUCUUAAUGGAUUAAAGUUACCGGUCAUGACGUCAAAAGGAGAAUUGCAAAUCAGUUUUCCUUUGUAUCGUUGCAACAAAAUUCUCCUUUUGACAUGACGUCCGGUAACUUUAAGAGCUAAUAAAUCCAUCAAGAUGAAAUUUUUCAGCAACAAAAUAUAUUGCAAAGUGUCUUAAAAUGCCCUAAACUUUCGAGAUAUGCAAACUCCAAAACCAUGAUAUAGGCACUUUAACGCUUCCUGAAAUCUAGCAAUUCGUAGACUAAUGCCUGCUCGUAGUUUUGGAAAUUAUAAACCUAUACACAUGUGUUUGUUUGUAAUCAUUUAUUAUCGUAUUUUUAUUAUUUCGCAUUCUUAAAAAGAUGUUGGUCAGGGUCACCAUGAACUAUCACAUGUUCCUCCCGAAACAUCACAUCAUCCUCCGACCAACAUCCCUGAGAACAAGUGUAAACAAAAACUGUCCCAAACUCAAUACACUGCGAACUUAAUUUUUUAAAAUCUGUUUUCUGAGUGUCAGUAUUAUCUUUGUUAUCGUUCAAAGAAGUUGUUUUGUGUCUUUUCUCAUCAAUUUUUAACAGUGAUACCAGCGGAGGCAUCAAUUGAAGUUCGAAUACUCUUUUUUCUCCGCAUGAAUUGCAUGUUGGGAUUGUUCCUAAACCUUGUGACGUCAUACGUAGCGGCUCUCCAUUCCGACUGUACCUAAAA